GGUCUGAGAGCUUCCUCCGUGAGUGAAUGUAUUCCGAGCUAAAGAGGCCGUGUGUGUACCCUGAGGGCUGAUGCCAUCCACCUAAGGGGAGCAUCCAGAAGUGCCUGAGGGAAUGGCAGAAGGAGGGCACGCUGGCACUCCUCCCGUGCGGCUGUGGGUGCGGCGUGUGGGUGUGUACUGUGAUGAGCACCGCAAAACGUGGCUCGUGGCUGCGGAAGAGGAGGAAGGUAUGCUGAGGGCUCGGAUCCAAAGAGUUCAGGUUCCCCUGGGUGAGGCGCUGCGACCCAGCCAGCUCCCCCCAUCCCGGCUGCCUCACAUGUGGCAGCUGUCCCAGGGUGAGCAGUACAGGGAUAGUAACUCUCGCGUUUGGGAGAUAGAGCACCAUCUCAUGCUUGGUGGUGUUGAAGAACUGCUGCUUAAACUUGUGCCUGGUGAUUAAUCUGGAGCAGUGGCUCUAGGAAGAUGUCGUUGUAU